UGGUGCCCACUGCGAGGGGAGGGCGCGCGCGCGCGCCAGAGAGAGCGAGAGACCCCCUCCUCGCUUUCGCUUCCGGGUGACGCGACCGCGGCGGCGCCCGCUUGGGUUUUGCUUCCGGCGCCGUCCCGAGUCGGGGGCCCGGCGGCGGCAGGGAGGGGCCGCCCCUGCGCAGCGGCUACCUGAGGACGGCGGUGAGGGACGAAGGGGGCGGCGGCGGCGGCCCCGGUCAGGCCAGGCCAGGCCAGGCCAGGCGACGGCGCGAGGGGGUCGGAGGCCGCGCCGAGCCAUGGAGCCGCGGCUGUGAGGAGCCCCCGGCCCGGGCCCCGCCUGUGGGAAACCGGGCCGUGGCCGGAGCCGGAGGACAUGGACAAAUUGACCAUCAUCUCAGGAUGCCUCUUUCUGGCCGCCGAUAUCUUCGCCAUCGCCAGCCUGGCCAACCCGGACUGGAUCAACACCGGCGAGUCCGCGGGUGCUCUCACCGUUGGCCUUGUGCGACAGUGUCAAACCAUCCAUGGACGUGACAGGACCUGCAUUCCGCCACGGCUGCCUCCGGAGUGGAUCACGACGUUAUUUUUUAUCAUCAUGGGAAUCAUUUCACUGACUGUCACCUGCGGCUUGCUGGUGGCUUCUCACUGGCGACGGGAAGCGACGAAAUAUGCACGCUGGAUAGCCUUCACUGGAAUGAUCCUUUUCUGUAUGGCAGCCUUAAUAUUCCCCAUAGGAUUUUACAUCAACGAAGUGGGAGGCCAACCGUAUAAACUUCCAAACAACACCGUGGUUGGCUCGUCUUACGUACUCUUUGUUCUAUCUAUUUUCUUUACGAUAGUGGGACUUCUGUUUGCUGGCAAAGUGUGUUUACCGGGCUGACAGACGUCUCCGUACCUAUUUUUUUUGAGUGGGGGGCGGUAGGAGUGGGUGUUAACGGUCACGAAGGAGAAAUAGGACGUCGCCCGGCACAUCCACGGGAAGAUGCUAUGGUCGGGCCGCCGUUGCCGUCUCACCGGGAAACGAGGAGGUUUCUUCUGUUCUCACUAUGCACUUUGGAUUUUUUUUAAAGAAGAAAAACUUUUAUUAUUAUUAUUAUAAUUAUUCCUUUUUACGGAGAGUCUUUCUUUCCCUCCCUCCCCCCAUAACCAAAACCAAACAACCACGACUCAUCUCGUCGGCAUCUGGACGUGUGGUCAGGUGUGCACUGUGAUCGGACCUCGUGUGGAAGAAAAGGUCUUUCCCCCCCCCUGCACUCUACAGCAUUAUUUCCCCUCCCUUUUUUUAUCCCCCCCAUCCCUUCCCGCAUCACCGUACUGUACCCCCCCUUCGAAAUGAUCUGACAAUAUUGAAAGUCUCAAAAAAAGUAUUUAUGCACUUUGAUUGGACCGGCGUUUGCCAAGGGCGGGGCUGGGCCUCGCCCGAUCUUUAGAGAUUUAGCAUCUUCCUUCUAUGAUAGGCAAGAAGCAUUUGCCAUCAACCCUUCCCUCUGCCCUUCCCCCCCCCCAUGUUAAACACCCCUCCACGCACACAAGUAAUCGGUCUCACGUUAUCUGCAUCCCGAAGCCGGGUAGAUCAAAAGACAUUUUUGGGGGAAUCUGUUACGAAGAUCCGUCUGCUCUCUCACGGUUACCACCUCCCGGUGACUCCAGGUGGGGCUGAGAAUUUCUUCCAGAUGUAUUUAUAUGUGUGUGCCUGUGUGAGUGCAUGCGUGUGUGUGCGUGUGUGUAUUUAUAUGUAUGAUGCAGUACACCGAAUGUCUAUGUAUGUGUAUUCACACACAAGCAUGCACCUAUGUGUACAUGCCGACCGACACAAGUGAAACACUGCGGUGCGCAACACUAGGGCUUGCAAAGGGGAAGGAAGGA